UUAUGAACCCUUCUAUUCAUCCAGAAUAAAUCCUACUAUUAAGUGAAUUGUACAAGAAACUAUUCAUCCAAAUAUCCAGAGAAAAACAAAAAUGAAUACUAAUCCAGCUGAUGCAGCAUUUUUUUCUUUGUCUGAAUUUGAUUUACUUGAAUCAAUAAAGCAACAUCUUCUAAAUGAUUCUGAUUUUUCUGAAUUUUUUUCGUCAAUGAGUUAUUCAAGCAAUAACUUCGAAUUACCUAAUAGUCCUAACUCAAGUUUUGGUAGCUCCCCUUCAACCGGAUCCCAUGAAAAAUCCGAAUCCGAGGAGGACACAAAUGUACCUACCGUGGCAGCGCGUGAGGAAAAAGUGUCAGGAGACUGGACACGGUACAUAGGAGUGAGAAGGAGGCAGUGGGGCACGUUUGCGGCUGAGAUAAGAGACCCGAAUAGAAAAGGCGCGAGGUCGUGGCUAGGCACAUAUCAGACCCCGGAGGAUGCAGCAUUGGCUUAUGACCAAGCUGCAUUCAAAAUUCGGGGUUCUAAAGCUCGACUUAAUUUUCCUCAUUUAAUCGGCUCGAACAUGCCCGAGCCAGCUAGAUUAACAGCUAGGCGGCGUACGCGCUCGCCUGAGCCAUCGGAUGCUUCAUCCACGUCAUCGGAAAACGGGACAAGAAAGAGGAAAAUAGAUGUGAUAAACUCCAUAGCCAAAGCAAAGUAUUUUGUCAUAGUUAUUUGAAAGGACGAGAAUUCAGUGUUCAAAAUAAUUGGUGAAAGGGAACUUGUAAAUAGUCUUUUCAUUAUAUAUCAAUCACUGUUCUGUUUGGCUGAUUUUGGUUUGAUCAAUCAAUGGCAUUGAGCUUCAUUGUUCUAACAGUUUAUUUGGUUAA